GUUUUGGAGUGUUACAGGUUUGUCUCAAUUGGCAACGCUGCAUUAUUUACAAUGGAAACCAUGGAAUUUUCGAAAAAUAUUUUUGGAAACGUUCUAAUCCCAGCACAAUUUUGCUUGAGUGUAAACCAAAUCGAAGUCAAAUUUGUUCUUUAAAAGUCUUAAGAUUUAUAAACUGUUUCGUAGAAACACACGUAUCUGAAUCAUUUUGUCAAUUGAAUGAACGAAAGUGACACUUUUUCUCACGUGUUGAAUUGAAAAACCGUGAUAAAAUAUGACUCUAGACAAUGAAACAAAUUCCUUGCAUCCAUUCGUAUUGAAAUGUAAUGUCUCGGCGUGUUACCAAGAAGUUUCCAAUAAGACAGAUCAGCCAUGGAUUACUGUUUGUGGCCAUAUCUUUUGUGCCUCCUGUGGUUUGGCUGAACUUGGAAAACUUCCAGCCAUCUGUCCUAUCUGCUCGCACCAAUUAACAAGUCCAUUUGAUAUAAUUCAGUCUGAGUUGAAUCCUCCUAGUCACUUUGUUGAGAUGGUGCUCAUGGGCCUAAAUCCUGAUGAUUGUCUUGAGGCAGCAAGAAGGGGAAUUUCAUUUUGGCAAAGUCAAUCCAUCUUGCAGCUCAGCACAGCGGAAAAUAGCGUUCAAGCCACUCGUUCGCAGGUGGUGGAAUUGCAGAGUCACUACGAGGACAAAGUUGCAGGGAUGAAUCGCGAAAUUUUCUCCCUGAGAGAAGAGUGCCACCGUCUCAAAGAGGAAAAUUCUAAACUCCAGAAUCAUAAAUCGGAAGUUUCAGCAAACCAAAGUGCCCAAAGCUAUUCAUAUGUUGACACAAAGCAACAGGUUGAAGAUAAAUCCACUACUACUAUCAACACGAACGCUUCCGGAACUAUUAGGAAGCAAUAUCCACGGCCGUCAAUCCCACCUCACCACGCUCGAUCUUCACGAAACGACAAUCUACCUCAAAGACAAUUUUUGGGCAAGUUCUAAAGCCUUGUAACUAUGCAAUUUCAUUUUUUGGCAAUCGCAAAGGAAUAAUAUUUUUAGUUUCACCCACGAAGUUUAAUUUGCACUUAUGACUUAGCAAUUUUAUUUCGAUUAAGGUGUUGCAUUUUUAUGUCUGUUAUAUUUGCGGCUGUAGGCCAUGGCCGAACAGCGUUGAUUUAAAAACAGCUUCCCAGAACGAAGACAGGCUGAUGCCAAAAUCAAAUGCCCUUCAUAUAACCUUCUUCAAUCCGGUAUGAAGCGGUUUGUUUGGUUAAUUUUUCCUCCCUCCGGUUUCUUGCCUUAUAAGUUAAUAAGAGAAUUAAAUCGAGUUCGAUACACCUCCGAUCCCACCCGAGAUAUGGAUCGUGUUACGUGAUGGUUUUUACACGCGCUUUAAGCGUAUCUAAUCGUCACGUGGACGCCAUCGAAUCAAAGUUCGAAGCAUGACUUGGAUUUGAUAAGAGAUUGGGGUUGGAACACAUACCAAUCCAAGACUAUCUUUUUAUUUAAAUACUGUCACCCAAAACAAGUCAACAGUAUUGUGAAAUUUUAUGGAAUACUUUUCAUUACAAUUGCGUUUGUUGGGAAAAACAACAACAGGGCGGAUGCUAAACUAUGACCAUAAAUGGAAUAACCACAACAAAUCAGAAAGUCACCUCCAGAACUACGACGUACUUGUAUUUGUAUUGACGUUGGGGAUAUCCUGUUUAUUGUGGUGAAGCGAUGCGCAAAUCUGACUAAUGGCGAAGACUACUCCAUCCUUGCAUACGUGCUUUAGGGGGGAAUUUUCUAAAAAAAUAAUGUUGAUUGCAACUGAAAAAUAACAACAAAAAAGACAGUAACCGGAUUCCGUCCUUUCGCCUUUUGGCCAUACAUAUGGAGUCGCGUGAAAAUCUAACAAGGAAGUGGAUUUGCUUCUCUCUCGUGACGCACAUAGUAACUGGUUCGGUUUCAUAGAAAUGCCGGUUUGAAUUACGACCUGUUAUUUUGUUCAUUUUGCCAAGUAUUCCAUCAAGCAUAAAACGAACACGUAAGUAAUUUUGAAAUGUUUAUUGAAAAGAUUGAAGUAGUAAAUCCCCGCUACAAAUCCCUGGUAACCAAUUGCAUAGUAAUUGAUGAUCCAAAAAUUCAUUACGAUAAACAAAGCCUUAUAAUAGAAUGUUGGCAUAGUCAACACCUGAAGAUGAUUCUUCUCCGGCAUUAUUUUGCUGGGGAUACAUGGGAUGCACAGUAUAAAGAUAUCUGCAUAAAUG